CUCGGCGGCUUGUCUGCCGGCAGUGACGACGAGAGCAGCGGCGGCGGCGGCGGCGGAGCAGAGCCAAUCCAGUUCGCUCUCUCCACUGCCGAGGAGCUCGCCCACCCGCUGCUGCUUACCAAAUCCCCCCUGGUGACGGCACAGUCGACCUCCUCGUGGCCGCCACGGCCGCGCACUGGUUCGACCUUCCGCGCUUCUGGCGCCGGGCAGCUGCCCUGCUCAGACCGGGUGGCACCGUCGCGCUGUGGAGCAGCGGCUCCAUGCGUCCCGAUCCGAGCAUGCCAUUCUCGGCCGUGAUGCAGGACGCCGCGGACGCGCUGGAGGCGGAGCUAGACGCCUACAUGGUCGAGGGGAACCGGAUCACGCGCGAUCUGUACCGCGGUCUGGCGAUGCCAUGGGAUGUCGAGAAAGAUCUGGGUUUCGACAGGGAGAGUUUCCGGAGGGUGGAAUGGGCAACGGCCUGGGAGGGCGGAGAGGUUCGCCCGAUGGACGAGUUCUUUGCGCCCGUGUCGCAGGCUGGCGGCGUGGUUGGUGCUAGUCCUGGAACGGUCACGGCAGCAGCACCGUCUGGCCCGCCCAAGAUCACAACCGAGAUUAUGGAGAUGAUGAUGAGCACGGGCAGUCCCGUCAUCCGCUGGCGCGAGGCCCACCCGGAGCUCGUCGGCACCGAGCAGGACGUCGUGCGCAAGUUCCGCAGGGUCGUGGAGAAGUGUCUGGUCGAUGCGGCAAUGGGGCUUGACGAGGUAAAAGGCGGACUGACGGGUGUCAUGCUGCUAGUGAAGAAGAAAUAGGGGUGUCAGUGAUGGCACUAGCAGGAUGGCUUCAGACAACUUUGGAAGGACACGCAAAGGGGAGACUUAGUGUCGGGUCUGUGAAUUUUGAUGCCUGAUACGUUUGACUUUUUUUUGCUAGUUACUAUUCAUACGUAAAACAAUUACAAUGCUCCAUCUUG